AUGCACAGGGUGCCUUGGAGUUGGCCCAUGCAGCGCUGCGGCAGCUCAGGGCCGAAGGGCGGCACGUGGAGAUGUCGCGUCAAGCGAGGUGCUUCGCGGAGGUCUUGGGGCCAAUGCACUUGGAGCUUUGGCGGCUCGCAUGCGACAGGCCGUCGCUCCGCAGAUCGCGAGAGCAUCGAGCUCCUCUUGGCAGCGACACAGGUGCUUUUUGACCUUUCUCGGCUGGUGAUGGUGGAUCAAGUGCAGGAGAACCUUCAGACCUACAUGCAGGGGAUCUUGGCGUUGUUGCAGCGGCUGGCGCCGAAUGCUGCCAGCUCAGAGCUGCUACAGGAGCUUUGUGGGCUCCUGGCCAUGUGGCUCAGCCGCUACGGGGAGGUCCUCGAAGCGUUCGUGGGCCGUUCCGUCGAGGCGGUCUGGUCUUUGCUCAUCAAGCUUGACGAAAGCACCGAGCACGAUGCACUGGUGAUCUCUGCCAUUGCCGUUCUCUCUUCCGUCUCGUGUCAAGAGUGGCAGGCGUCGCCCUUCAAGGAUCCAACUGUCUUAGCCGCCAUUUGUGAGCGAGUGGUGUUGCCCAACCUGAAGCUCCGCGCCAGCGAUCUGGAACUCUUUCAGGACGACCUGCAGGAGUACAUCGCGCGGGAUGUGGAGGGCAACGACAUCCAGACGCGGCGCUGGGCAGCCAUCGACCUGGUUCGUUCGCUGCGGAGGCGCCAUGACAAGGAGACCUGUGAAUUCGUGGUGACCUGCAUCCAACGGGUUCUGCGAGAGACCGUCGCCGACCCACGGAGUGCAGCGAUUUGUAAGCAUGCCUGUAUCCACCUGGUGAUUAGCAUGGCUGGCUCCACCGGAGGGCAAAGCAUCCAAAGCCCUGGUGGCCUGGCUACGGAGUUCUUCAAGGAACAGCUGGGCCCAGAGCUCCUGGCUGUGCAAGCGCCACCCCAAGGUACUUCUGUGGAGGCGGUGCUUUUCAAAGCAGCUUGCCUCAAGUUCCUCACGGUGCUGCGGAACAUCCUUCCAGCUGAGCUGAUGUUGGGUGUGCUUCCAGUUUUGCCUUUGCUGCUGCAGGCGGAGCACCCGCUGCUGCACAGCUAUGCGGCCAUUUGUGCGAACGUGCUCACCACUGUGCAGGAGCGCGUCCACGAGCCAGGUGCCUUGCCGCUUUGGCGUCCGCGCUACCGGCGUGAGCAGCUGGGGCCGAUGCUCCUGCAGAUGAUCCCCACGAUGCUGCAGAUCCUGGUGGAGGGACGGAGCAUCCCGAAGAACACGCACCUCAUUCGGGCGCUUUUGGCUUGGCUGAACUUUCUAGGUCCCACAGUGCCUCCGGAGUUGGUGGUGAAGAUCCUCCAGUCCUUGACACAACUGGUGAGGGCCUUGCCAAGCUCGGGCAGCGGGCACGCGGAGUUCGUUCACUUGCUCUUUGGCUCCUUGGCGCUCGCCUUGAAGGCUCACAGCACCGCCGGCAGCACGGCGGUGGUCUUCCCGAUGGUGGAGCAGCUUUGGGUCUCUCAGGUGGAAGAUUUGUUGCCCUACUGCUACCAGAUCAUGGGCCUCAUGCUGGAUUUGGGCCACUCGCCAGUGCCCUUGUAUGGAGAGCUACUCCCAAAGAUUUUGGCACCGGAUCUGUGGCAGGCACCUGGCAAAGUCCCAGGUCUCGUGCGACUGCUGCGGGCCUUCUUUGCCAAGGUGGAUUUCUUUCGCUCCGUGCUGCAGCCGGCCAUGGGAGAGAUCUUCGCGCGCUUCCAGCAGGCUCUUGGCAACAGGCAAUCAGCCAGUGCAGCGGUAGGUUUGCUGUGUGCUGCCUUCCGCUUCUUGCCUUUUGAGCUCUACUGCAACCACUUCCAGGUACAGCUGCACCAUUCUUUCGGAGCAGAUGGUGUGGGAUGA